AUGCCCCCCAAGGAGUUGCGCGUGAGAGACAUUCUGGAAAAAACUGCACAGCAGAAUUGUAAUCACCAAACGAGGGGAAAAUGUAGGAAGUUCUUUUUUCUCUGGAAAUUGGACAAAAUGAGAGAUGCACAUUUGGGGGUUCAGGCGAACGGAAGGAAGAACCACCUUCGUAGUGGGUCCGCUACGUAUGAAGCAUCAUUGGGGGAAGAUCAAAUGAAGGGGGAAAGAAAAGAAUCUCCUACUAACCUGGAAAAGGAUAAAAAGGAGCAAGAGCAACCAAAAGACGGGCUACUCAUUCCAAAGGUGGGAAACAAAAUGCCAGAGAAGAAGCCUGACUGGUUUCAUGUUCCUGCACCCACAGGUAAAAAAUAUAACGAUCUAAAAGAAGAUUUGAAGAAACUAAAGUUACACACAGUUUGCGAAGAAGCUCAGUGUCCCAACAUAGGGGAAUGCUGGAAUAUUGGCACAGCAACAAUCAUGUUGUUAGGGGAUACUUGCACAAGGGGGUGUAAGUUUUGUUCCAUAAAAACGUCGAGCAAACCUCCGCCACCAGAUGCUAAUGAACCUUUUAAUACAGCAAAGGCCAUAUGCGAGUGGGACAUCAAUUACGUCGUUUUGACUUCGGUCGAUAGGGAUGACUUACCAGAUGGGGGAGCUAGCCAUUUUGCAAAAACUAUUGAACUUAUAAAAUUUUCUAGACCAGAAAUUCUCAUCGAAUGUUUAGUUUCUGAUUUUCAAGGGAAUUUGGAUUCCAUUCGGAAGCUUGCCAACAGUGGCAUGGAGGUUUAUGCGCACAACAUUGAAACGGUUCGGAGGUUACAAAAAUUUGUGCGUGAUAGGAGAGCAAACUAUGAACAGUCAUUACGGGUCCUAAAAAUUGCAAAAGAAAUCAAUCCCAUGUUGUAUACCAAAACGAGCAUUAUGUUAGGGUUAGGGGAGACUAAGGAGGAGGUUCUUGAAGCUAUGUCAGAUGUAAGACAGCACAAUAUAGAUGUGAUAACAUUUGGCCAGUAUUUACGGCCAACGAAGAACCACCUUAACGUUGUCGAAUAUGUCUCUCCCCAAAUGUUUGAUUACUACAAGGAGGAGGGAAUGAAAAUGGGGUUCAAGUAUAUAGCAAGUGGGCCCCUGGUUCGGUCCUCCUACAAAGCGGGGGAGUAUUUUAUGAAAAGCCUCGUCGAACAACGCAAGGGCGCCAAGUUGCAUGCGCAGGGGUGA